AUGCAUAGCUUUUUAGUGGCGCUACAUCCUCCUGAUCUCACUGUUCCUGAAACUUCCAAGUUGAUAUCACAUCUUGACGCUUAUGUAAUCCCUCAGAACUCUUACCUCUUAAUAGGGGAUUUCAACUUGCCAUCUAUUAGAUGAGAUUCUUUUGAAAACUCCUCACAUCAAUCUUCUUACUUUUUUAUCAGUCGUGAUCUCUCGCAGCAUGUUUCUUUCCUCACUCAAAUACACAAAACAUCAUCCAAUAUUCUCGACCUUGUUAUCCCCUCUGCCAAUCUCGGAGUUAUCGUCUCGUCUCCGGAGUCCUCCCUUCCUCCAACUACUCAUCCUGCCCAUAAUAGUUCCAAUGCCCUCGAUCUAUUUCCUCCAUGGAUUAUCGAAUCUGUUCUGCUGAAACUGCCCUCCAAAUGUGGAUAUUUCAGUCAUCACGCAAACUAUUAUAGCAUGAAAAAUUAUGCCACAACUUUGGCCUAUCCCUUGUCUCUAAUAUUUGAGCAUUCUCUCCAGACUUCUUCUGUUCCCAACGCACGGAGCCAUGCCUUCGUCGUCCCGGUCCCAAAGAAAGGAAAUCUCGCCGAACCAUCCAACUACCGCCCCAUUUCUAUCACAGAUCAUUUUUGUAGAGUAUUCGAACGAAUAUUUUGCACUCGCAUAAAAAUUGAUUUUGCCCACCUUUUCAGUAAAUUUCAACACGGGCUUUUAACGCGUCGUUCCUGCACCAACUCUAUCGUAUUUUCAAUCUUUAUCAAUGAUCUUCUACUCAGCCUACCCACCAAACUUUGUUUUGGUGCUUUUGCAGACGACAUUAAGCUGUACUCUAAUGAUCACAUUCUUUUGCAAAAAGGCAUUGGCACUGUUGUUAAAUGGUCUAUCUUUAACUCCCUUCCUCUUGCUCACGCCAAAACAGCUCUUCUAAGGCUGGGAUCAAAAACCCCAGUUAAUCCCUACUUAAUUCAAAAUAAGCUUACACGUGAAACUUCUACCGUUCGUGACCUUUCUUUCAUUACUGACUCCUCUCUAAACUUCACAGCCCAUAUCAAUAGAACUGUAGCUCUUGCUCUUCUGAGAUCCAAACAACUACUCAAAAGCUUUAAAUCAAGUUCCCCCACAUUCCGUGAUUAUUUUCAUUCCGUGAUUAUUUUCAUUCCGUGA